AUGGACUAUUCUCGAAGACCAAGACCACAACAACCAUACUCCAGCCCCAGCCGAGCCACCUACGCCUCCCCAGCAAACUCCCAGCCAGACGCCAAGCUGGAUUUCAGCAACCGGAUGGCCCGGGCCAAAGCCGCCAUGCUCGCCAGGGAGCACAAGUACCAUCCCUACAUGUUCGUCCCCGAGAUCGCCGUGUCGCCGUCGCUCGACACGGUCUUGGAGUCGGACGAGGAGAAGCCUUGA